GUCGGUUUCUGUCUGUCAAUUGUUACUUCAUGGCUGCUCUGCUGUGUCUGUGAGAUUUCAGUGUUCGUCUCCAUGCCAGCAUGAUGUUUGUGUCUUCUUGCGUCGCUAUGUGUGCCAACUGGCAUCAGUUGUGUGCGUGAAUAGCUUUAGGACUGAUGCCCAUUAUAUCAUGGAAGGAAACCAAAAGUGUCGCUUGGUAACCUUCUGCUGAAGUUGGCAACUCGAUGGGUGUUCACAGGGAUGUGCCUGACAGAAUCCGGUAAUUAAAGGAUUACUGCUAACUACCAAACACUGGAGAUCCAGUGUGCCAAAUAUUUCAUCAGCCCAGGGUGAAAAAGCAGUCAACAUGUCCAACUUCCGCUCUGCAUUUGUACACUGGAAUGUUUGCGUUUGAUGGAUUUAUAACCAUUCAUAAUGGAUAUAACAUUCUGUGCUUUCUUAUAACAAUGCAUUUUCUGGAAGUUUCUUGUGGAUUUCUAAAUACGCUGAUUGUUCAACUAUGACCUUUUUUCAUGGUGCGCAUCCCACUGUUAUGAAGAAGAAAUCGAUGAUGAUGAAAAACACAAAUUAUGCCAUUAUGGCACUGCCUUUCUCAGAACACAUCAACCGUGGAGGGAUUUUUCGCUCCCACUUUCUUCUUUUUCUCAUAUUAUUAUUACCCUCGGUUGCAGAUAGUAGUGUGCCAGGUUUGGAAUAUGACUGGGGAACGCAACCCAAACUUGUUUGCAUCCCUAUCCCUGCAGAUGCAGACCCUAGUUGUUUCACACCAGGUGGGGCUUCGCAUGGGACUUCACAUGGGGCUUCACAUGGGAACGGCCAUGGGAAUGGACAUCAUGGACCAGUUAGCGGGCCACCGAGUAGUCACAGCAGCAGCAGCAGUAGUAGUAGUAGCCGACAUGGCAUUUCUGAUGAGGCCAAAGCCACCAUCCUUCACCUGAGGGAGAGCCUUGUGCGACAGAAGGAGACCAUCUUGGAUCAGCGAGAGACUAUUCGGGAACUGACAGCAAAACUUACUCUCUGCGAGAGCUUUGGAAGGGGACACCAUGAUGACAACCAUCACAGCCCUUCAAAUCACAACUCCCAGCAUUCCUCACACCCCUAUGAUGCCCACCAUGCUGACCCACACUUCCCUUUAAACGGGCAUCGCAGUGACAGUCACAGAGGCAACUCUCCAUAUGUGGGCAAACACGGCUUCUCCCCAGAACAGACAGGAAAGACCCUGCAGGCCCUGAAGGAGAGGCUGGAAAAUCUUCAGGCGAGAAAUUCUUCCAGUUCCUAUUCAAGUUCCUUGAGAGACCUCCUGCAGCGCAAGAUCAACGCACUGGAAGAACAGCUCCAUCAUCACUAUGACAGUCACUACGGUCACCAUGACAGCCAUCACGGAUAUGGUCAUCAUGAGGAUAACCGUGACCAUGAUGACCACCAUAAUAACCACCAAAACAACCACCACGAAGACCAUCAUGAUAACCAUGACAGCCACCAGACAAACCAUCAUGAUGACCAUGACUCCAGCCACCAUCGUAACCACCAUUAUAGUUAUCGCUACGACCGUCACAACGACCAUCACGAUGAUCACCAUGAUGAGCACCAUGGCAAUCACCAAGACAAUCAUCAAAGUGGCCAUGAUGAUCAUCAUGACAGCCACCACCACAACAACAACAACCACCAUGAUGAUCAUCAUGAUGAUGGCCAUCAUGGCAAUGGACACGAUGAUGGACACCAUGGAAAUGAUGAUCAUGUGUAUCAUCCACAAACCUCAUUCAAACCACCUGGGUCUAGAGCGCCUCUCCGUGGAGCCAUCAACAAAUUAGACUCAGUGCUGAGUAACCUUCACCACAAAACUCAAGAACCAGCAGGAUCAAAUAAGAAGCCUAAGAAUCCUGACGCUUUUCAGAUUGGCUUCCCGAUGCGCACCAACUACAUGUAUGGGCGAAUCAAGCGCACCCUUCUGAGCGAGAUCUUCGCCCUCACAGUCUGUCUUUGGUUGAAAGGGGGCUCAGGUCCUGGGAUCGGAACCCCGUUCUCCUACUCUGUCCCGGGCCAGGCCAACGAGCUUGUCCUGAUCGAAUGGGGCAACAAUCCCAUGGAGCUACUGGUGAAUGACAAGGCAGUUACUCUUCCUCUUUCUCUGACGGACAGUAAAUGGCACCACCUCUGUGUAACAUGGUCCACACGUGACGGCAUGUGGGAGGCUUAUCUGGAUGGUGUGAAAAGGGGCUCCGGAGAGAAUCUGUCCCCGUGGCAUCCCAUUAAACCAGGAGGAGUCUUCAUCCUUGGACAGGAGCAGGACACUCUGGGCGGGCGUUUCGACGCCACACAGUCUUUUGUGGGCGAGAUGUCGGAUCUGCAGCUGUGGUCCCGUAUGCUGAGCUCUACCGAGAUCUACAACCAAGCGUCCUGCUCCAGCCACCUCACCGGUGACGUCAUUACCUGGAGCGAGUCCAUGGUGGAACUUCACGGAGGUGUCACAAAGUAUCCGUUCGACCCUUGUCAUUAGGGAUCUGACCAAACAGAGCUGGAUUCUCCCCGCCUCUGCUUAACUUGCAGAUAGAAAGGUGGACAAUUAUGGAUCCAGGUGGAAAGGCUGAGGAGCAGGACUCCUACAGACUACAGCCACUCCUGCAAGAUAAUAGGAUUCCAAACAGGUCUACACAGGCCUUGGGCAUUUAACUAAGCACUUUAUUAGUUUAAGUGUCUAAGAAUUACAUACAGCAUAUCGAUAAGCACUUAGGGUGUCAACAGACUGGUUGAACUCCAUUCUGUGUUUUUGAUCCACUUCCAAACGCUAAUGGAAGAUCUUCAGUAUGCUGGACAUGCAAAAACACUUCACAACAACAAUUAAUUACAGUUGGCAUGUACUGUAACAAUAAGAUGAAACAGCAUGGUCUAUUUUUACAUCUAUAUGAUGUUAAGUGAAGUACAAAUUUGCAGUCUUUUUCUUUUGGUUAGACCUAUUUGUUUUUCGCUCUAGGGGGCAGCAGGGAGUUUUAAAGUAUUACAGAAAGGCUGAAUAUGUGCAUGCAUUAUAUUGCAUUAUAUGUCUUGCAUUAGAGGACAUUGGAAAAAAAUUGCUUUUUUUCAUAUGCAUAAUGUACAAGAUGACAAGUGUUGUCUGUGGGCAGGUGGGCUGCUGUUAUGGGUUUAUACACAUAAUAGUAGCUGAAAGAAAACAGUGAGGUGACAUAGCUUAAAGGGGGACUAAAGAGACUCUCUGUCUAUCUCUCCCUCCAUUUCAUAAUACAUAAUGCACUUUUUUGUGUUUAAACACAUGCAUGUAUAGCUUAAGACACGGUAUCAGGAGUACUUGUCACUGUGAAUGUAAAACGUUGAUUGCAUGUUGCAUAUGUUAUUCUGUGAGCUACAUGCAUGUGUUGUAGUCAUUUGUUUUGAGGGCAAGUGAAAAUCCAGUGAGGAGACACUGAACAAAUUUGUGUUUUUUUCAUUAUGGAAUGAUAAACUUACGUACAAUAUGGUUUGAAGCAUUUUGAUUACAGUAACACUUAUAUACAUUGUUGUGUGUCGUGUGGAGCUGUGAAAAAAAUAUUUUAACAUGCAAUGCAGUUUUCUAUGUUUACCAAGUUUUUUAUUUUCGAUUUCUUCAAUUUAAUAUAAUUCAAUACCAACAUGUUGUAAGAGGUAUAAAAACCAUCACAUCUUUGUAAAUGUAGAGAGUUUGUGAAAUUUCAUUGGUCUAAAAACCAUAUUACGCCUCUUUAGGACGCAUGUUAAGCCAGGCAAAUACUCUCAGCAUUCAUACCUCCAGCAGUUUAUUAAAAUGGCGCUUUUUAUUGUUAGGAAUUUAACCUAUAAUCUGGAGGCAUUUUUAGAUGCAUUUUCACAAUUAAAACCCAUUUAUUGUUUUUAACUUUUUAACUAGAUGGCCAAAUGUACACACAGAGAUAGCCUGAAUUUGUAUUUUUUUUUGUCUUCAUAUCAGAUGGACUAUUUACAGAUUUACCAGUUAGAUAAUCUUCCAACCUGACUGGUCAGAUUUAUGUAUGCAUGCAUUUGUAUGCAUUUGCUUGUGUGUGUGUUCAAAAUGGACUGCAUAAAUCAACUGUUAAAAUCGCUUAACCUCGCCUUUGGUGUAUAUCUGUAUCCAAAUGCACUAUUUAAAUGCACUAAUUAGUUUUUUUCUGUUAUCUUUGUUCUCUCUCUCUCUUUCUAAUAUAAUUCCUGUAUAUAGCAGAUAUAUGUAUAUAUCAUAUUUUUACUCAUUAUUAACAGUAUGUUUGGGCAUGUCUUUAAUGCCUUUAAGCCAAAAUGUACAAGCUUAACUCAAGACAAGCAUGUAUUUAAUUAUUUUUAA